AUUUGUCCACACCGAGCCUCAGCAUCCCUCUGUGACGACAAAGAGUCCACUGAGAGGACGCGCGCGAGACCGAGACGGGUCCACGGACAGCGAGACGGGUCCACGGACAGCGAGACGGGUCCACAGACAGCCGCGCGGGGAGACGGUCCGCUCCGUCCGGAGGAUGCGCGCCGCAGCCGGCAGCAGCAGCAGCAGGUCGCGCUGAACGAGGUUCGGUACCGGGAGGUGGAGCUGCUGCAGAUCGGAACCAUGAGCUGCAACUGGGGCACCGAGCUGUGGGACCAGUUUGAUAACCUGGAGAAACACACCAACUGGGGGAUCGACUUCUUGGAGCGAUACACCAAGUUCGUCAAGGAGCGGGCCGACAUCGAGCUGAGCUACGCCAAGCAGAUCAGGAACCUGUCCAAGAAGUUCCACCUGAAGAGGAGCAGAGAAGACGACAGCAGGUUCACCUGGUGUGUGGCGUUUGCGGCGACGCUGCAGCAGCUGAACGACAUGGCGGCUCAGAGAGAAGACCUGGCCGACUGCCUGCACACGCAGAUCGCCUGCGACCUGACGCGCUACACGCAGGAGCUGAAGGCCGAGAGGAAGACGCAUUUCCAAGAUGGCCGCCGUGCUCAGCAGCACAUAGAAAGCUCCUGGAAGCAGCUUGAGUCUAGUAAGCGUCGGUUUGAGCGAGACUGCAAGGAGGCGGAGCGCGCUCAGCACGUCUCAGACAGGAUCGACCUGGACAACAAGGCGGACGGAGAAAAGUGCUGCUCUCUGAAGGCUCGACAAGUGGCUCAGCAGAAGCAACAAGCUGCUGAGGAGUCCAGGAAGGAGUAUGUGACCAGUCUGAACCAGUUCAACCAGGACCAGCACCAGCACUACCGCACACUGGUUCCAGUUAUAUACCAGCGCAUUCAGGACAUGGAGGAGCGUCGCAUCGAGCGGAUCGCCGAGGCGAUGCGUUCGGCGGCGGAGUCGGAGCGGAAGGUCCUUCCUGCGGCGAGCCGCUGUCUGGACGCCAUGAUGGACGCCGCUGAAAGCAUCCAGCCCAGGAAGGACACCGGUCAUGUGGUGGAGGUGUAUAAAUCCGGCUUCGACCCUCCAGGCGAUGUUGAAUUUGAAGAUUACAGCGCCAACAUGAGGCGGAGCAUCUCUGAAUCCAGUUACCUUGACAACCGGGCUGAGGGGCGAAAACAUAGCAGGAAGUUGUGGCCAUUCCUACGGAAAAACAAGCUGCUGCAUCUCCUAUCGUCGCCAAGGCAACCACCACCCCUGCCCCCGACCUCACCUUCACCUGGAGAGGCAAUUAACUCCUCCCAGUCCCCGCCCACAGGGUCCAGAGAGCCAAUCACACAACGGCUUAGUGACCUCAUGAGCUCUGGGUCCAGAACCAGGAAGCAGUGUCUCCGAAGCCUGAAGAGAGGGCUGUCCCUAAAGCUGGGUUCCAGUGUAACUGACGGCAGCCAGCUUCCUCCUGAGCAGAGACGCAAGAAGCUUCUGGGCCGAAUAAACAGCAUCAACCAGGAGAUCCAGAGAGAGAGAGAGCAAAGGUAACACACAGCGUCUCGGUCACAUGACUCCAGGAGGCAACAUAGGUACACACGGUACUUACUAAUUCAUAGU